CAGUCGAUCUCUCCCAAGAGCGCACGCGACGCUUUCGAGCAAUCGCGACGAAAACAUCGAUUCCAACUAUCGAUUAUCUUUUUUCUUUUUAAAAAUGUCAUGCAUGCCAGACCCAGAAGUGACCUUAAAAACUCCUUUCAAAAAGCAGAACAGCGAGAAAAAAUUAGAAGUUGACCGUAAGCUUUACAUCUUCGGCAGUUUUAUGAGGAAGAAGGACAAGAGGAAGUCCCUACAGCCCCAGUCUCUGAGUGCUGGGAACAGCCCUAUGCAUUCGCGCAACUCUCACUUGGGCGUGAACAUUCUUCCGAGGACGUCUGCGUACCAGGAGGCCAGGGGUGGCAAGGAGGGUGAAUGCGGGUUGUGCAGGAGGGUUCUGGAGGAGCCGCGGCUGCUGGCGUGUCUGCACAGCUUCUGCACCCGCUGCCUGCAGGGGCUGCAUCAGGAGGGAGACGAUGUGUGGAAUGAUGUCGAUGAAGGAUCAAUCCAGCUGGAGCCAGGCGGGUCUUGCUCCGGGUCGGGCGGUGGGUCGGGGGGCUCGGGCUACGAGAGCGAGCCGCGGGACCACUCGGGCUCCGAGGGCAGCUGGCCGGACCGGGACAAGGCCAAGUACGGGAUCUUUACUAGGAAGAUCUCAGGCCGCAGCGUGCAGCACGUGAUCUGCCCGACCUGCCGGCACGAGACCCCCCUCCCCCUCGGCGGGGUGUCGGCGCUGCCCCUCAACACUGUGAUGAUGAGGAGGAUCCACGCGGCCAGGGAUGACCUGGACAGGGCCAGUGUGCUGUGUGAUCUGUGCUCUAGCGAUAAUAAGGCGGAGUCCCGGUGCGAGCAAUGCCUGGUGAGCGUGUGCCGGUCCUGCCACGACGCGCACGGCCGACAGAAGGCCACCGCCCGCCACGCGCUGCGGCCCUUGGAGCCGGCCCCUGCACUCUGUAGCUUACACCCCGGGGCUGAGCUGAGUGUCUACUGCGCUACGUGCCAACAGGUGGUGUGCCGCGACUGCUGCGUCAUCUCGCACUCGGGCCACGCGCUGGGGCUGGCGGCGCGCGCGGCGGCGGAGCGCGCCAGGCGGCUGCGCGACGCGUGCUCGCGUGCAGGGUACGUGCCCGAGCACGUGCAGAGAGCUACUCGUGUGUUGCAGUGCCAGAGGUUGGAGGUGGAUACGCAAGCAGCAAAAGUAGAAGCUGAAGUGGCGACCUUCGCGGAAGAAUACCGUCGCGCGGUGGAGGCGCACGGACGAGCCCUGGUCACGUCAGCGGCGCGCGCGCGGGCACGGUACCGAGAGAAGUACGACCAGCAGAUCGGACUGUUGGAGGCCAAGGUUGCGCAAGCGGCGGAGGCGGUGAAGUUUGCUGAGGAGCUCCUAUCAGACGCCAAAGAAGACGAGCUGCUCUCCCUCUCCGGACCAGUAGAACGCAGACUCGAAUCCGUGUGUGACGUCACGGCGGGGGCGCCGCGCUGCGAGCUGCGGUUCUCGGCGGCCGCGGCCCCCGCCUGCGCGCUGCGCGGCCGCCUGCUCGCCGCCGCCGCCGACCAUAGCCACACAGUGUUGUUGACUGAUGGUCUUCAAGAUCUCCGCGUGGACUGCAAACAAGACGUAAUUAUGGAGCUGCGGGACAGCAAUGGGGAACGGAUUUGGUGCGGCGGAGAACAGGUAGCAGGCUACUUCCGGCGCAGUGACUCGAGUGCCACCCCCGAGUUUCUGAAGGUGACCGACCGCAAUGACGGGACCUACACCCUGGCACUGUGUCCAGCCAGCCCGGGAGCGUAUUUGUUGGCUGUCACGCUGAAUAACAAGCCGAUUAAGGGCAGCCCCUUCCCGUGCGCCGUGCGAGUGGCGCGCGCGCACACCGGCCAGUUCCACUGCUGCUCCUUCUGCUCCUCGGGCGGGAAGAAGAGCGCUACUUGUGGGUGCGGCGCCGCCAUGGGAGGGGGGUAUAAAGGCUGCGGGCACGGGCACGCGGGGCACCCCGGCGCGCGGCACUGGUCGUGCUGCGGGAGCACCUCCAAGCGGAGCAUCUGCAUGCGGCCGCAGUCGCAGACUUACCAGUUCUCACUGUGAAGAGUAGGACUGUUGAUCGAUGUAAAUUUAUUGAUUAAAGUCUGUUUUUUAAAUCUCAGAUACUUAUACUGAAUUUU